GUGGGAGGAGCGUUCACGGUCGCUAUACAAACUCGGAGCACUGAGAUUUUUUUUUUUGCGGAGGAAUUUAGUGAAAACGCGCUGAGUCCACCGCGGCGGGCACCGGAGGAACUUUCAACUUUGAACGCCGAAGCGACUCACGGAAGGACUAAUAAACAGAGUAAGCCUGGGGUUGCUCCAAGCCGAGUGGACGGCUGGAAGGAAAUGUGGCGGCGGACUUUGAAGCCACUUUGAGGCCGAGAACAGGCGAAGGAAGACAAACAUGCUCAGCCAGCGGCUGCUCGCCUCCCUCUGGCUACCUCUCGUCGUCGUCCUCCUUAGCCGAUGUCGGACUUCUCUCUGCCAGUACUCGAGCGACCAGUGCAGCUGGAAGGGAAGUGGACUGACUCACGAGGGACACACGCGUGACGUGGAGCAGGUGUACCUGCGCUGCGCCCAGGGAUCCCUGGAGUGGCUGUACCCCACCGGCGCCAUCAUCGUCAACCUCCGGCCCAACAUCGCCUCCCCCGCCGCCGCCCGCCUCUCCGUCUGCAUCAAGCCCGCCGCCGACUCCAGCGGAAGCAACAUCUACCUGGACCUGAACGGCCGUCUGCGCUUGCUGCUCCGUGAGGAAGACCAAGCUCCGGCAAAGGUGCACUGCUUCGGCAUCCUGGAGGGGGCGCUCUUCAUCGAGGCCGUCCCACGUGCUGACAUCAGCCGGCGCAUCACUGCCUUCCAGUACGAGCUCGUCGCCGACGGGCUGAAAGCCAACGACUCCUCGCUUGGGGCACCCUGUCAGCCGUGCAGUGACGCUGAGGUUCUUCUGGCAGUGUGCACCAAAGACUUUGUGGCUCGUGGAGUGAUCAGGGGUGUGCAGGAGGAGGAGGAGGAGGAUCGCUGGUCUGUCAGCGUGGACAUCAGCCGCCUGCACAGACAAAAGACACAGGUGUUUGUCCCCGGGGGUCCAAGGGCACGGCGCUGGUCGGGACGCAUCAUGAUGCCGCUGCGGUGCGCCAUUAAACCCGGUGAGGGUGACUUCCUCUUCACGGGGACUCUGCGCUUUGGUGAGGCCUGGAUGGGAUGCGCGCCGCGCUACAAGGACUUCUUGCGCCUGUACAGAGAAGCGGAGAGACUGAGAAGCAAUCCCUGUCACGUGGACACGGACUGAGUGGGCUUGGAGAACCCCCGUGCGCCCAAUUUAGGAAUUUAUUUGAGACCGACAGGUGGUCACCGGGACCCCUUUUGGAUGAAAUGUAGCAGACCUGCUCCUGGUGUACAAAAUGUGAAUGAAAAAACAAGUGUAUAUUUGGCAGCAAGGCGCGCUUUAUGAAAAGCGUGAUGUACAAAAGUUAUUUCUUAUCACCGAAAUAGAGUAAGUCAAAAGCUUAUUUUUUUAUUUUGUUUACAAAAUGCCGAAAUGUGAAAAAAAAGAAUUCUGCCCUGGUGAAUAAAAAUGUGCUUUAACAUGA